GAGCUCUUUGUCCCAGAUGGAUUCCUGGAGAUUCUUGCUGCUUCUAAUGUGCUGCAGGAUUGUGACUGCUGCCACCGUCCAAGGUCACUUUUGGCAUAUCACAGACCUCCAUUUGGACCCAGAAUACAGCGUGGCAACAGACCCUCUCCAGGUGUGUCCGUCUGCUGGCUCCCAGCCAGUGUCCGAUGCAGGCACAUGGGGAAAUUACAUGUGUGAUUCUCCUUGGAUUCUCAUAAACUCCUCCAUUUAUGCCAUGAAGGAGAUCCUGCCUGAUCCAGACUUCAUCCUUUGGACUGGUGACGAUACCCCUCAUGUCCCCAAUGAGAAACUUGGAGAAGAAGCAGUGCUGGAAAUAAUUGCCAAUUUGACUGCUCUGAUAAAACGGGCGUUUCCAGGCACUAAAGUCUAUCCUGCGAUGGGCAAUCAUGACUUCCAUCCCAAGAACCAGUUCCCAGCUGAGACGCACAGGAUCUACAAUGCCACAGCAGAACUGUGGCGCUCAUGGCUCGGCAGCACCUCCAUCCCGGCAUUCAAAGCAGGUGCUUUCUACAGCGAGAAGCUGCUUGGUCCCAAUACCAAAGGACGAAUGAUUGUCCUCAACACCAAUCUGUACUAUGAUAACAAUAAUCAGACAGCUGGCUUGGAGGACCCUGGUGGGCAGUUCCAGUGGCUGGAAGAUGUGCUGACCAAUGCGUCAAAAGCAGAAGAAAUGGUCUACAUUGUGGGGCACAUCCCGCCUGGCUUCUUUGAGAAGAAGCAGAGCAAAUCCUGGUUCCGGAAGCACUUUAACAAACGCUAUACAGAGAUCGUGCAGCAGCACCAUGCAGUGAUAGCUGCCCAGUUCUUUGGGCACCAUCACACUGACAGCUUUCGGAUGUUUUACAGCAAUGGAGGUUCCCCAAUCGCCACCAUGUUCUUAGCCCCAGGAGUGACUCCCUGGAAGACAACGCUACCCGGAGUGCACAACGGUGCCAACAACCCUGGGAUCCGAGUCUUUGACUAUGACCGAGGCACCCUGCAAGUGAAGGAGGUAGUGACUUAUUAUUUAAACCUAACUCAUGCUAACCUGGUGGCCCCAAGAUGGGAGAGAGAGUACCGGCUGACUGAAGCCUUCCAGGUCCCUGACGGGUCAGCACGCUCCAUGCACAUGGUGCUGGAGAAGAUAUCGAAGGACAAGAACUACUUACAACAGUACUACCAGUUUAACUCAGUCAAGUAUGACCUCACAGAGUGUGACGAGAGCUGCCAGACUGAUCAUGUCUGUGCUAUCAGGGAAGUUGAUUUUCUAAAAUACGAUGAAUGCAUUAAAGCCAGGAGCUUCACAGCUGUAUCCUCUCUGCCAGCAAAACCCCUUUUAUUCCUCUGCUCACUGCUUGGCCUCCUCCACUUCCAGGGGCACCUCUGGUGACUCUGCCUAGGUGGACCCCCAGCUCUGUGCAAACAGAGAAUGCAGCACAUACAUCAACAUCAGCAAAUGCCUCAGGGGUUGGAAUUUACUCCAGAAGAGGAUGAAAUCUGUUUUUAUUCCAGGGGUUUUAUGACAUGACUUUGACCCCUUCUAAUAAAGAUUGUUGGGUUUGGAA